AUGUCUUUCAAUCCAAGGACACCCGCUCGUCAUCGCGCGAAAUCCGACGCCGCCUCCAAAACACCGCUAACGCCUUCUAUCAUCUCUGGCAUCUCCAACAUCAACGUCUCCACACCUGCUAAUAAGAACACUAGGCCAACCAAAUAUGCCCCACCAUCAACUGGUGGUGCAUCUAAUCCUUUUGUAACGCGUCCCCGGGCUACUUCAACUCGUGGGUCUUCGCGUCCUACCUCGCGACCAGCCUCACGCGCAGCUAGUCCAGUCAAGAGAGCUACAUCCGGAGGGCUUCAGAUUUCAGAGUCGUUGCAGAAGCAGGCAGGGACGGGGGUGGUGAGGAAGGGAGGGGUCGAGUCAAAGCUGGAUGUGAUGUCCAAGGGUCAGGCUCCACCUCCCAGGAAAGAGAUCAAGCGUUCCAAGUCAACACCUGCCGGGCUACGCCGCGAUGCUCCUGAUCGCUUCAUCACCACCCGCGACACAGAUUCCGAUGUCGCGGCUCGACUUGACAUGAUGAGUCUCAAUCCUCAGUCCGCCUCACCAGGCCACACCGCCCGUCUCGUAGCCGCCACUGGUGUCCCCGUCAACAAACGCGUGCUAUCCUACCACGAGGCACCUCCCGCUCCCUCCGACACCACCCUCUCCCAACAACGCGAAUUCGCACGCCCACUUUACGCUCGUCCAGGAGCUCUCACUACCUCAACCGGUACUAAGACGAACAAAACCCGAAAGAUAGCCCAACAGCCCGAGCGCGUCCUGGAUGCACCGGGCAUGGUGGACGACUUUUAUCUGAACCUCUUGAGCUGGAGUUGUCUGAACACUGUGGCGGUCGCCCUGGCCGAGGCCGUGUACGUCUGGAAGUCCGCUACAGGAGAGGUCGUCCAAGUGGGCGAGGUCGACGAGAACACGUACAUCUCUGCCGUGGAGUUCUCGGCAGAUGGAAACUUUCUGGGUGUAGGGAAUGGUGAGGGUGAGGUCGAGCUGUGGGACGUUGAGGCGGCUCAGAAGUUGAGGACCAUGGGAGGUCAUCAGGGUCAGAUCGGGACGUUGAGCUGGAACGGACAUGUUUUGACGUCGGGUUGUGGCGACGGAAGUAUAUGGCAUCACGAUGUGCGUAUUGCGAGACACAAGGUCAUGGAACUUAUCGGUCACACGGGAGAGGUGUGCGGGCUGAAGUGGAGGCACGAUGGGGAGUUAUUAGCGAGCGGCGGGAACGACAAUGUCGUGAACAUCUGGGAUGGUAGGAUAGGCGAUGUGAAUGAGGGAUCGAGGGGCGUGGCGAAGUGGACGAAGCGAAACCACACAGCAGCUGUCAAGGCUAUUGCUUGGUGUCCAUGGCAGCCUUCCCUUUUGGCCUCUGGGGGUGGUACCAACGAUGCCUCUGUGAACAUCUGGAACAGUACCACCGGCGCCCGUCUACACACCCUCAAGACUUCUUCUCAAGUCACAUCCAUCCAAUGGUCGCCUCAUAAGAAAGAAUUCCUCACUACCCACGGAUAUCCUACCAACAGCGUCAUGGUCCACGCAUACCCUUCACUUGAGAAAGUCGCAGAAAUCCGAGACGCUCACGAUAGCAGAGUGCUGUUCAGCUGCAUCGGCCCCGACGGAGACAUGGUUUGCACGGGUGCUGGAGAUGAGAAUCUUAAGUUUUGGAGGAUCUGGGACGUCCCCUCGUCGACGAAGAAGAGCAAGACGUCCAGUAGCACGAGUAUGGAGGGCAGGGGCGGGACAACUGGAAGUGGGAUUUUAUCGCUGCGGUGAACGCUUUCUAUGGCGACAUACGGCUGGAAUGAUGAUCCAGAGGGGCGUUUGUUGCGUCCAGCUCUUUGAUGUUCUGUUUUCUUGUCUUUGAAUUCUUGUGUUAUUUGUGCUCUGUUCGUUAGCAUGGCUUGACUCACUACUGACCGGCGACACAUCAUCCUAUAUAUCAAACAUCUCUCACUAUGACAUACAUCGCGAUCCCUCCCACAACGUCUGCACUUUACGAUCUUGGAUGACUCGGCUCAUACCUCACUUUGAUUGCGC